AUGCUUGCCUCAGAUAAUUCCUUACUUUCUCAAAUGUCUACUCACUUGAACGGCCUUCUUCGUCAUCGUCAAGACGAUCCUCUUCAAGUCUUUGACAAGCUAUUUCAUCACGCUGAAAAAGCCAUGACAUCUGAAGCCGAUAAACAAGUCCUGUCUGUCUUAAAAUGUCAAGUGUCUAGUUUUAUUGGUGUAACUCUUGGUGUUGAGCCUUUUUUAGAACAAGACCGAAAAGUAAAAGAAGAAAAAGAAGAAGAUGAAGGUGAAAAGAUAUCAUUGUCCACUGCUAUUGUCAAGGAAGAAGAGCACAAGAAGAGUGCCUGGGAGCAAACCAAGGCAUUCUAUCAUCAAGUGAAAGCUGAUAUCUUUGGUCCUGAACAUUCAGAGCACGAAAGACUUCGUCAGUUGGCAGAGGAGCACUAUGGUGAACACAGUGCUGAGGAAGAAAGUGGAGAUGAUGAUGACGAGUAUGAAGAGGUUGAAGAGACAGUUCAGAUCAAGUCUCGUGAAAUAGGUGCACCCGAUGAGUUUAAGGUGGUUCGUCGACGUCAAAAGAAAAAGAAGACAACAACAACCAAGAUCACCUUUAAUUCACCUUACACUAGCAGCGACAUGAGACAACCACCUCGUCAUCCCAUUCGUGCACGCGAAUUCCGUCCGAGAAGACUAGAACCAUUACCCGAGGAUACGUUCUGUAUACCCAUCUUUUUCCCUUCUGAAGAGAGUUACGGAGUAUUCCACGCCGCUUUGGCAUCAGCUAAACGAACACUUUAUAUCUGUGUGUUCUCAUUGACUGAUAAUGAUACUGCCGAUGUCAUCAGUGAUGCCUAUCAGCGUGGUCUGGAUGUUCGUAUCAUAACAGAUAAUGAUCAAAUGGAUGUGAGAAAAGGAGCCGAUGUCCUUUUACUCAAUGAACGUUACGGUAUUCCUUAUAAAUAUGAUAACAGUGAUCAAUUCAUGCAUAACAAGUUUGCUGUCAUUGAUAACAAGACGGUGAUCACCGGAAGCUUUAAUUGGAGUUGCGGUGCGCGCUACAAGAAUCGUGAAAAUGUGAUCAUCACUAAUAUUCCAUCUGUUGUUGAUGCUUAUUCAAAGGAGUUUGAUAAGCUUUGGGACUAUUUCUAA